AGAUGUUGACAUCAGAGCAUCGAAGACCAGAAGUGCAAGGACUUGUAUUGCGAUUCUUUUGACAAAACUGCGUUGUGGAAUGAGUAAUCACUUACUCGGAACCCUCUUUGGCUUGCAGAAAUGGCAGGUAAGGCGUGCGGUACUGACAGCAAAACAUGCUCUAAUGUCAAACUUUGUUCCCCAUCAUUUGGGAUUUCCCCACAUUGCUAGGGAAGACGUUAAAGAAAACCACACACGUCCAUUAGCUAAAGAACUACUCUGCAAUGUAGCUGAAAAUCCAGUAAUACUAGUACUUGAUGGGACGUAUAUUUACCUGCAGAAAAGUGGCAAUUUUACAUUCUCAAGAAGAUCAUACAGUACUCAUAAACAUAGGCCGUUUGUUAAACCCAUGAUAGUGGUCACAACAUCGGGGUACAUUGUUUCCGUACUGGGUCCAUACCUGGCUGACUCUAAGAAUUCGGAUGCAAAGAUUUUGACGCAUAUGAUAGAAACGAACGUAGAAGAAAUUAAGGACUGGAUACAGGAAGACGACAUAUUCAUAGUCGAUAGAGGGUUUAGGGAUGCAGAAGCUCUACUGAGUGACAUUGGAAUCCACAUUGAAAUGCCUUCCUUCUUAACACGUGGAGCAAAACAACACUCAACAGAAGAGUCUAAUGCAACACGUCUAGUUACAAAAGUAAGAUGAAUGUUGAAAAUUAGGAUUAAAAAACAUGUAUAAACAUGUCUUUUAAGUGUAAAUUUUAAAAACAAUAUUUCAAUUGUAUUUUGACUAAACUUAUAAGAAAAAUGUCCUAGUUAGUAAAAAUUAUUGUAAAUCAAUUAAAUCUACACUUUGAAUUAUUGUA